AUGGAGAGGAAAGGAUGAUGACAACAGAUUUUACACUUGAUUUUCAUCAUAUAGCUAAAAGAAGUUCCGCUUAGGAAACCAGUAGAGCUAUGGACUUGAUUGUUUGUUUGCAGGUGCACUACACACAGCUCUUCAACAUUACGAAGAGCUUUUGUUGUAAAAUCCCUUUGUUAUCUAUUUAUGAGAAUUUUUUGUCAUGACACACCCUCUAGAGAAAAAUCUAGACCGUAUAUGGACAAAGUCAGCCCGUAACUUUGUUCACCUUACCUAAUUAUAGCAGCAUGCUAAAUAUAGACCAAGUCCUGUACGUAGAUAGUCAGAUCGAACACUUUUUAUAUCUGGCUCUAGCGUACGCGUACGCUAGAGUAUAAAUUAAGACGUAAGCCUGUAGACCACGCCCCAAUUGCGUGCGUAGAGUGCAGAAUUAGCGUUGAAGAUCAAGAGCCAUUUGUUAGUAGCCUGAAGAGAAGAGAUAGGCAACGCUGGGGCUACAGACAGCGCUGACAAUUGGCUGGCUCAUAGACUUCUGCCAGGGUUGGCUGCUGUUUUGAUGGACUUUGAAGAGCUUCCAUGAAAGCCUGUGUGUAAUACCACUCUUGGACCUCAGUGUCACCAGAGUGCUGUGCUCCAGGCCAAGUUGGACCAGUCUCUUUGUCUGGGCUGCAGUAAUGCUUGGCUUCUCCGGGCAUCAGAUUGGUGGAACCUCCGCUUUUGUGAGGUCCACACAGCUUCAUCCUGCUUAUUAGCAGACUGAAUAGGGAGGUUAGGGAGGCAGCUGAUCAGUGAAUGGUGUGUCGUAACUGCCUCCAUCGCCAGGACAUCUGGAAAUGAGCUUCUGACCAUUCUGCUAACUUGGUGGCAAGGAUCUCCAGCUUCUGAAGGAUGCGAUGCCAUUGUGUGCUGGAACAUGGUGGAAGACCCAACCAGCCACUCAACCGGACGUAUCAACAUGCAGGUGGCCAUUGAGGAGAAAGGACAACACUGGAUAGUGCCAUGAACAGCUCGAAUCGUGGAUAGUACACGUCUAAAGCACUGAAGAGAAACGUCUCCACUCGACACAAAUGAAGACAGUGUGUAUUAACAUUAAAAGACAAUCCAACCUGCUGUGUGACUAAUGCUAGUUGAGGAACUCAGACACUCGUGCUGAUUGUACUGAGACUGGGGUCUAUUGGCACACUUACGUUUCUCCCAUCUACUACUAAAGGCACUCCUUUGCUACAAAUCUGGCUCUGUAUUUAUUGGAUUGUGUUAUUUUGUUAUUGAUUUGUUAGUUUGUGUAGCUACCUGAUUUUCUUUUGCAGCUUGUAGUUAAUUUAAUUGAAGACAUUCUCACAAAACCACUAUGUUGUUACUUGUGGUUACUACUAUACUAGCGCACGCAUUGAAAUUAAAUACUGCGUGUGCAAGUCUCAGGAUCUAAACGUUGCAUUUUUGUGGUUAAAUUAUGUCAAUUUGUUACUAUGUGCGGGCACCCUUAAUGCCGUAUCAACAAAAUGUCAAGCAAAGGCGGCUACCCUGGUCUAUUGGACACCCCUCACUGUGUGGUGGAGGAGUUGGCCCAGACCCUGGAUAAUAGCCCCAUACACAACUGGAGGAGUUUAGUGGAUCAUCUCAGCGACUACUCACAACAAGAUGUCCUCAGACUAAAGAAUACACGAGAGUCGGUACACACACACACACACACACACCUCCAUAUACACGCCCACACCCCCUCCACACGCACACAGGGUGGGAGUCCAACAAAGGAUCUGAUUAUUGACCUUCAUUCUCGUGGCUGGACCAUCAUUGACCUUUGCACUCUAGCGAGACAAGCUCGUGUUCAAGCUGUGAUCGAUAUUCUAGUAGAAUAUUGUCAGAGUGUGGGAUUGGAUCCGUCUCCGCUGCUGCAUUCUGCUGAGUCAGUAGAUUCUUGGAAGGGGGCCAAGAGUUGCCAUCAACGAGCUGGUUACCCGGCAACCAUAGCACCCCCCCUACACGCUAAGCAAGAGGCAACAAAACGCUAUAAACUGAAGUCCUGUACACCUAGCAGUGAUGACACUACUGCUACAGGACUACCUCAUGUGAGCUACACUCAGAUACUUGAGGCCACAGGGGGUCUGGAUGAGACCCCCCACAGCUCAGGGGGGCACAAACUAGGAGAAGGGGGCUUUGGGGAAGUGUUCUACUCUCGGCUAAUGAUUGGAGGACAAGAGAAAGAAGCAGCAGUUAAAGUGCUCAGGAAGAAGGAUGAUGUACUGGGGAGUGUCAAUAAGGAGCAGUUCACCACAGAGAUCAACUCGCUCUCAAGAGUGUUCCAUGUGCACUUGCUGUCAGUGUUAGGCUACUCUUGUGAGGGGCCGCACUUGUGUGUGGUGUACCCGUUCCUAGAGAGGGGCUCUCUAGACAAGUACAUCACAGACAUCAACGCACUACCACCAUCCACUAGAGUGGGUGUGGCUAUGGGUGUGGCCUCAGCUCUGGACUACCUUCACACUGGCCUUGAUAAAGAGAUUAUUGUCCACAGAGACGUCAAAAGUGCUAAUAUAUUGCUGUCAUCUGAUUGGACUCCUAAACUUGGGGAUUUUGGAGUAGCUCGCAUUAUUCCAUCAGAGAUGUCCUCUCUCAUGACCACUACUGUUGUGGGAACUAGCAUCUUCAUGGCCCCUGAAUACCGUACAGGCACCAUCACUCCAGCCACUGACAUGUACGCGUUAGGAGUGGUGUUGUUUGAGAUGCUCACUGGGUGUAGUGCUCAUGAGAGUCUAACCACGGAGGACCAAGGAGACAUUGAUCUGGUGACAUACAUCCUGGAUCUGGAGGAAGAACCACGAGACAUUCUGAUUGGCUGCUGGAAGGAGGGUGUGUGGCAGGAGGUGUGGUCAACAGCAGAUAAAUGUCUGGAACAUUUUGACUUCAAGAGGCCUACCUCUAAACAGCUUAUGACUGUGUUCCUUCCUUCAUGCUGCAGGUCUGGGAGACACUACAUGCACAGAGCAAGCUACUGAACACUGACUCACUAUUGUCAUAAUUAUCGUGAACAAUUCAAUUUUUCUCACAGAAAAUAUUUCAGUGUAAUAAUGUAUGCAGUGUUGUGUGGCAGUAAAAAGUCCAUCUCAAUAAUUAUAUACAAAA